AUGGAACGCCUCUUCUCCGACGGAGAAGACGACCUCUUCACGGCAGACACCCUUACAACAUGGUACGUCCAUGUGCCGCUCUCCUCCGGCUACGCCCACGACAAGGUUAUCCUCUUCGACGCCAUCUGCAGCGCCAUCCAAGCCGGCCGCUGCGAGAUCUACUCUUCGCGUAACCUAGAGAAUACCAUUUCCGGGUUCAUGAUUGAGGUCCAGGCUCGGUACUCCGACCCGGGGGCAAUUCGGCGUGCGGCGUACCGUAUUGCUCAACGGCAUCUGGAGUUUCAUAGAAUGGAGAUGCAUAGUAGGACGCAGACGAGGCUGGCAGAGAAGUGCCUGGCUAGUUUGAGUUUGGAGGAUGCAGGAGGGAAGUAG